AUGACGAAUCCAAACAAGGACCCCUAUGUUUCUAAAGCGACAAAGAAAGCACUCAUGGUAAAAAUCUUUAGUUCAACACCAAAUGCUUGGUUUAUGGAUAUCUUGGAAAACAUUCCGAGAGUUAGAACAGAUGGACCACCAUACUGGCUAAUAUUUGUCGGUCAAAACACAAGAUACUGUGAAGCCAUACCAUUAUGGUCCAAAAAUAUUUUAGAUGUGAAAACUGCUUUGACAAUAUUCGUUGACAAAUACCAUCCAACAAAACUGACAUCUGACUGUGAAAGUUCUUUCAAAUCAGAUGAUGUAAAAAACUAUCUGCGUUCAAAAAAUGUAAACCAAUAUUUCAUUGUCGACCAAAACCAUUCUGCUCUUGGUGUCAUUGACGGUUGUAUAAAAAUGUUAAGAGACUUAAACCAACCACAAGGUGGUGAAGCAAAUGAAAUGUCAUAUGACGACAAAUAUAGACACUUCUCCAUGGCAAAGAUGAGACAAGUUUUAAAUAUUUACAAUAGCCGUAAACAAAAAGGUUUGGGAAACCACUCCCCCGAAGAAAUGAAAAACAACCCUGACUUAGAGAAAGACUAUAUAUUUAAUAAUUUAGUCAAAAGAGACAAACAAGAAAGAAUGCCGGGCUUCAAACUUCAGAAAGGUGACAAAGUAAAAAUAGAAAUACCUAAACGCGACCCAUAUGAAAAUACUAUUGACUAUGACAACAAUGGGAACCCGACAGGUACUCACAUUCGUGUUCGUAAAAAUAGAAGAAAGUAUACAAGAGAAUAUUAUGAAGUUUUAGGCAAACAUGGCAAAAUGUACACACUGCAAGCAGAAGAUAAAACUACUAUUGUCAGACCUCGUUUCAAACUUGUCAAAGUUCAAGGUGGUAUACUUUCAAAGACAGUUCCUAACAAAUAUAAGACAACUCCUGACGAAUAUGCUAAAGAAGUUGAAAAUGACGACUAA